CUCUACAUCGUGUUUCAUACUCAUUAACCAUCGAGGAGUUUUUCGUAUUACUUAUUAAUGCUUCUAAGAUUAAAAGGAGACCGUGGUCUAGCAAUUAGUGUAUAAUUAUUAUGAACCAUUGAUUAAUACUCAUUCAAAAAGUAUCAGUAAUUCUUAUAUUCAAUAUUAUUUAAACUGUUAAUCAGUUCCAACUAUAAUGUCUAUUCGAAUUAUGUUGAGGAAUACCGUUUCCAUGAAUAAUGGAAGAUCAUUAUUAAUCAACACUUUAGUGAACAAACGUGAUUCGUCAUAUCGUUCCAGCCCUAUUGCUAACGAUCCAUCGCAUUACGCUAAGUACGAAGUAACUUCAGCUCCAGUAGACUGGCAAUAUGUCGAAAGACUCUUACCUCAAUCAAUUAUACCACCGCCCCCAGAAACUAAAAAUCUGCCUUCUGGGUGGCAACCUCAAACUGCUAAGUUUGGAGAUUACCCAUAUUUUGUGCACCGAACCCGUAAUCACAUGCUGCCAGUAUACUUAAAAAUUUCUAUGAGAGGAACUAGACGCAUUACACAAGUCAAUAAUGUUGAUGGUGACAUAUGGGCUUUGGAAAAGGCUUUAAAGAAGUAUUUGGAAAGAUUGUUUGAAGACAAAAGAAUUAUUGCUUCAAAAGUGCAUGAAGUAUGUGGUCAAUUAUGUUUCCACGGUGAUCAUGUAACAAAAAUCAACAAUUGGUUACUGAAAAAAGGAUUGUAAUAUUCAAUUGAAUGAUGAUUUAGGUACAUAAAAUAAAUUACAUUAAUAAAAACCAUAUAAAUUAUUCAAGUAUUGCACUUUUAGUUUCAAGUUUUAACUAAAUGUCAAUUGUUAGAUCUAUACAAAUUUUAUACAAAAUGUGGUUUUACGUAGAAAAAAUAUAAACAAAAAAAUACUGUUAA